CGCCCCGGAAACAGCGCGGCCGCGGGCGGGGAAGGAGCGCGCUGCUCUGGGCCCGCGCGAGGCGUCCUGGUCCUUUGCUUCCUGGGGCUUCUCGCCGCUUCCCGGGGCUUCUGCCGCUUCUCGCCGCUUCCCAGCGCUUCUCGCCGCUUCCCAGCGCUUCCCGAGGCUUCUCGCCGCUUCUCAACCCUCCCUCCGGCCGCUCUUCCCCGCCAUGUCGCGGCGGCGGCACAGCGACGACAGCGAUGGGCAGCCCCACAAGAGGCGGAGGACCUCCGAGCCUUCCGAGAUCGAGGAGAGGCUCGAGUCGCUCAUCUGCAGGGUGGGAGAGAAGAGUAAUUCAUCUUUGGAGAGCAACUUGGAGGGCCUAGCUGGUGUUUUGGAAGCUGAUCUGCCGAAUUACAAAAGCAAGAUACUAAGAAUACUGUGCACUGUCGCACGUCUGUUACCAGAAAAGCUUACUGUUUACACCACCCUGGUUGGCUUGCUGAAUGCCAGGAACUACAAUUUUGGUGGAGAAUUUGUGGAAGCCAUGAUUCGUCAGCUUAAAGAAUGUCUGAAAGUAAAUAUGUAUAACGAAGCCGUGCAUUUGGUUCGUUUUUUGUCCGAUCUUGUGAAUUGUCAUGUAAUAGCUGCACCUUCCAUGGUAGCUAUGUUUGAGAACUUUGUGAGUGUGACACAGGAGGAGGAUGUACCCCAGGUGCGAUGCGACUGGUAUAUGUUUGCAUUUCUGUCAUCUUUACCUUGGGUUGGAAAGGAGUUAUAUGAGAAAAAGGACGCUGAAAUGGAUCGUCUCUUGUCUCAGGCAGAAAGUUAUUUGAAGCGCCGCCAGAAGAUUCAUGUACCCAUGCUGCAGGUGUGGACAGCUGAUAAACCACAUCCACAAGAAGAGUAUUUAGACUGCCUCUGGUCUCAGAUUCAGAAGCUGAAAAAAGACCGUUGGCAGGAGCGACACAUUCUGAGGCCCUACUUGGCUUUUGACAGUGUUCUUUGUGAAGCUCUGCAACACAAUCUUCCUCCGUUCACCCCUCCACCUCAUACUGAAGAUUCAGUAUACCCGAUGCCAAGGGUUAUUUUUAGGAUGUUUGACUACACAGAUGACCCUGAGGGUCCUGUCAUGCCUGGCAGCCACUCCGUUGAACGAUUUGUAAUAGAGGAGAACCUGCACUGCAUCAUCAAAUCGCACUGGAAGGAGAGAAAGACUUGCGCUGCACAGCUGUUGAGCUAUCCAGGAAAUAACAAGAUCCCGUUGAACUACCACAUCGUAGAGGUAAUAUUUGCAGAAUUGUUUCAACUUCCAUCUCCACCACACAUUGAAGUCAUGUACACAACGCUCCUGAUUGAACUGUGCAAACUUCAGCCUGGCUCUUUACCACAAGUUCUUGCACAAGCCACGGAAAUGCUCUACAUGCGCUUGGAUACAAUGAAUACAACGUGUGUGGACAGAUUUAUUAACUGGUUUUCUCACCACUUGAGCAACUUUCAGUUCCGUUGGAGCUGGGAAGAUUGGUCGGAUUGUCUUACUCAGGACCUUGAAAAACCCAAACCCAAAUUUGUGAGAGAGGUUUUGGAAAAGUGCAUGCGGCUCUCCUACCAUCAGCGAAUAAUAGACAUUGUUCCUGCAAGUUUUUCUGUCCUCAGUCCUGCUAAUCCAGUGUGCAUUUACAAAUAUGGAGAUGAGAGUAAUAGGUCCCUUCCUGGAUAUACUGUGGCACUCUGUUUGACAAUUGCCAUUAAAAAUAAGGCAAGCAAUGAUGAAAUCUUCAGCAUUUUAAAAGAUGUGCCUAAUCCAAACCAGGAUGACGAUGAUGGUGAAGGAUUUUCCUUCAACCCUCUGAAAAUAGAAGUCUUCGUUCAGACACUGCUCCAUCUAGCUGCCAAGUCUUUCAGCCACUCCUUCAGUGCCCUGGCAAAGUUUCAUGAAGUCUUCAAAACACUUGCUGAAAGUGAUGAGGGGAAACUCCAUGUGCUGAGAGUUGUAUAUGAGGUUUGGAAGAAUCAUCCACAGAUGAUUGCUGUGCUUGUGGACAAGAUGAUUCGGACGCAAAUUGUCGACUGUGCUGCAGUAGCAAACUGGAUCUUUUCUUCAGAGCUUGCACAUGAUUUUACUAGGUUUUAUAUCUGGGAGAUCUUACAUUCCACAAUUCGUAAGAUGAAUAAGCAUGUCCUGAAGAUUCACAAAGAACUGGAGGAGACUAAGGCAAGAUUGGCCAGGCAGCACAAAAGACGGGACAGUGAUGAUGACGAUGAUGAUGAUGACCGAAGCACUGAUCGGGAGGAUGGACCACUAGAAGAGCAGAUAGAGCGUUUGCAGGAAAAGGUGGAGUCAGCCCAGAGCGAGCAGAAGAAUCUCUUCCUCGUUAUAUUCCAGCGUUUCAUUAUGUUGUUAACGGAGCACUUGGUGCGCUGCGAGACAGGUGGAAUCGAUGUAUUUACACCUUGGUACAAGAGCUGUAUAGAGAGAUUGCAGCAGAUCUUCCUGCAGCACCACCAGAUAAUCCAGCAGUACAUGGUGACCCUAGAGAACCUCCUGUUUACAGCUGAACUGGACCACCAUAUACUGGCUGUGUUUCAGCAGUUCUGCGCUCUGCAGGCCUGAGGGAUUGUUCAUGGACAGAGUCUUGUCUGCAGGACUUAUGAAUUUUAAUUUUUUUUUUUUUAAUGGCAAAACAUAACAUGGGGAUGGAAGAAUUUUUUGAGUAAAACUGGCUUUCAUGUGCUCCUAUAUAAAACAAUAGAGUACUCUAAACAAACAACGAACUGUGUAAGCAUCAUAAGCCUUAAAAGAUAUGAUCUAUAGGGGAUAUUUGUGAAGUAAUGUAUGAAUUCUUUUUAUUGUCUUUUAAUUUAGUAUGACUCUUCGCUUCAUGAUAGUCAUUUUGUUUCUCCCCUCUUGCCUAUAUAAAAAUGAGACACAACCCCUGUACCACUCCCAAAAAAAAAUUCCAAACUCAGAACAACAGGAAAAAAACAAUCCCAAACAACAGAAUUUUUAACCUCUGCCUAUCCCUUAAGGUCAAAGGAAUUGCAGAAAUGAAGAACAGUUCAUAGUGUUUUGUCAGUAGGAAAGGGAAUGCACCUUCUCAGUGACCCGUGUAGUAAAUCCUCUAGUAUGGCAUAGGAAGACUGUCUUAACUUUGGGCACAUGAAACACAUUUUCAAAGUAGCUUAUGGAUUUGUUUAUUAUGAAGCCAGAUAGAUUUUCACAGUUUAAAAGAACAUGUAAUUCAAUUGAAUUUUGUUUUUAAAAUGUAUUGUCUAGUGUCUUAUUACAGUAUCUAUAAACAGUAGAUAAGCUUCAUGGACCACUUCUGAAAAAUGCAAUCCUUUUUUCAGUGUGGUCAAAAAGUAAUGAACUGCUCCUGGUAGCAGUAUUCACUGAUAGACAGUUGGAGUGAAACAAACUUCUGACUUCCAUGCUGCAAGCCUUACCUGGAUUUUGGGAACUCCAGCCCCAGAUGCUGGGAAGAGGACAAUGCAGUGUUGGGCUUGUUUUUUUUCUUUCAGCCAGUAACUAGUUGGCUGUCACAUUUGCACUGGGCUGGACCUGCAGGCCUGCAGGGACGUCAGAAAUCUUUCUGGUUAGUGACAGUGGGUGAAGAGAGUGCUCCCGCCUCAUCUGGCUUGGUAACAACUGCUUUGCGGUGGCUGCGUCUGCCUCCCUCGCUUUAAUAUGUGACAGCAGCACAUUGCUCCCAUGUCUUGAGAAAGCAUUUUAAUGCUGAAUUAAGUGAUAUGUUACAGGAGACUUAGAGUGGGAGAACACAACCUGAAAGUAGAGUAGCCUUUAGCGUUGAGUUAUGCAGGUAACACUACGUACUUAAAGGCCAAACCAGAGUGGUCUGUGUCAGUGGUGAAUGGCAAAGGAGCUGCCGUCAGUGUGCAGUGUUUCCAACCUGUUUAUGGUCUCUUCAUUUUGCAGAUGAUCGUUUAGAAGAACUCCGUACCCAGUGCUAUUUUAGGUUUAGCUUAGAAAAUUACAGGCUUUGAGUAAUUUUGUUCCUGUACAAAUUAUUAUUUCAAGUAUUAUGCCUAGAAAUGCAUUUCAUUGCAUUGACCAAUGACCUCCUGAUGCAGCAAGGAGGGUAAAAACCAGAAUUUUCUGUUUUGACUGUUGACAUAAGUUUGUGUGGCCUGUAGCAAUCAAAUAUAUCCUCAUAGACUUAGAUCUGUUACUUCUGCUUUUUCUGCUUGCCCUUUCUGACUUGACUGAUCCCUCCAUUCUUUCAGAGUAUACUGUUAUUUGUUGUAAAUUUGCUUUAUGCAAGAGUUUUGUCAGUCAUGCACGGACUUGUGCUUCAGAUCUUUCUCUGUUAAUGUUCUUGAGUAAUCAAAUAGGAGUUUUUGUUGGUUGUUGUUUUUUUUUUUUUUUAAGAAACAUUUAAUACUUUAGAAGUUUUAAUUGGAUUUUAAUAGUUUUUUCACUGGCUUGGGUCAGUAUCAGAGUUCUGAUAUUAAUUAAUGGUGGGGGUUUUGACUAUAAAUGUGACUUCUGUUAAACUGUAAUGCAGUUAGAACUUGCAAACCUGUAACUUUCUUUGAGCCUUGACAAAUACUGAUGCUGGGGAUACAGUUGCAAAUGCUUGAGUGUAAUUGUAUGUUAUAAAACCAAAUAGGAAUGUCUUUUGAAAUUGAUUUAAUUUCCAAUCAUGCCAAGGUUUGACCACGGGCUUUGAUUACAUUUCUUGAGCCUGUUGGACACCUUCACCCUCUUUAAGGUCUAAUGGUGUACACCUGACUUGGAACUGCCUGAAGCAUGUGGUGGCGGGUAGUGUAAAGAUGCUGUAGAAAUGUGGUGUGGUUGGAAAAAAAUGCACAAUUAAAGACAAAAAUAAAUGAAGGUGAAGCAGGUUGCUACUGA